AUAAUGGCGACGGCAGAAACAACAACCACAGAUGACUGCCUGUGUCCACAAGAGUGUAAAUCAAUGAACGAAAGUCUGUCUCUAUUGUGCUGUUCUGCUGACAUGUCUGACGUCAUCUUUACGUUCCCCGCGGAAUCCAACCAACGACUUCCUGCUCAUAAGUUUGUCCUUGCAGUUCGGAGUUCUGUUUUUAAAGCCAUGUUUUUUGGAAAUUUGCCAGAGAAAAGUCCAGAGAUAUCUGUCACUGAUGUUCCUUUGGAGAUUUUUACUGCUCUAAUGAGAUACAUCUAUACCGACAGGGUACAUCUUGAUGGGAACAAUGUGACACCUAUGUUACAUGCAGCGACAAAGUACGCUCUAACUGAUCUAGCAAAACAAUGUGAACGAUAUUUGGAAUGUGCUAUUGACGUUGACAACGCAUGCGUCAUCUACAACCAGGCAACGUUUUUCGGGAUGGAUGAAUUAGCAAACAUGGCGUUACUUUGUAUUGAGAUCAACGCAAAAGAAGUUUUUGGCACAGAAGGCUUCGAUACUUUAGUUAGAGAAAAUAUAUGGACUGUUUUGAAAAGUGAAAGACUUAAAGCAAAUGAAAUAGACAUUUUCCAUGCUAUUGUUAAAUGGGCCAAAAAUCAAUGCAAAAUGCAAAAUUUGGAAUGCAGUUGUGAAAAUCAACGCAAAAUUUUGGGUGACCUAUUGUACUUGAUUCGCAUUCCCCUUUUGACCUUGGACGAAUAUUCCAAGGUUGUUGUAAAAAGUGGACUUCUAACGGCUGAAGAACAAUUGAUGUUUUACAAAUACUUCACACUGAAAGACGAAGAACACAUUGAAAUUCCCGCGUUAUUCUCUUGUGAACCACGUGAUGGAUUACUUCCCUUUUCCCUCGAUGUGAACGAUCUUCUUGCAAGCCAUGUUGGACAAAAGACAAUAGAAUCGUUCUGUUUUGAGACGUUGAAUAUAACGACCAAAGUUCCGUUGAGAAUACGACAGAUCACACUCCUCCCUAUCCCCGAGUUCAUGUCUGGUCAGUCAAACAUUGACUACGACGUUUCUAAUGAUUGCUUACAUAACAGUGUAUCUGUAGUGGUCAAAAACACGAUCGUCGAGCCACCGAAAAUUAUCCAUCAAGGGAAUAAUUAUCCUCUAAAGGGAGGUAAUAUACGGUUGGACUACAUUCUCAGUGUUUAUCCUGAAAAUAGGUUGAAAAUUUCCGUGACCAGGAUAUGUCAUAAUUGUGGUAUACUACACAGUCCACCGUAUAAAAAAAUCAACAUGAUAUCGUCACGGUACGGAAAUCGCAUGACGCAGCGUGCACCUCUCAAGUCGCUCUCGGUCUGCGACACUCAAGUCGAUAUUUCAUUCAUGGGACAGCAUUUAAUCCACACUAUUUCGUUUGAGAAGGUACCACAGUCCAGUCUUGACAGUAGUGUCGAAUCCUUAACACAGUCAUGCCAAACUGUUAAUGUUGAUGAAAACUAAACACAACCUUUUUUGUAACGGUGUUAAUGUUGAUGAAAACUAAACACAUCACUGUAACGGUGUUAAUGUUGAGGAAAACUAAACACAUCACUGUAACGGUUUUAAUGUUGAUGAAAACUAAACCCAUCACUGUAUAAACGGUGUUAAUGUUUAGGAAACUAAACAAAUCAAUGUAACGAUGUUAAUGUUGAUGAAAACUGAACACAUUACUGUAACGGUGUUAAAAAUGAAAACUAAACACAACAUUGUAAUGUUGUUCGUGUUGAGAAAAACUAAACACAUUACUGAAACGGUGUUCAUAUAAAAAACAACUAAACACAUUAUUGUAACAGUGUUAAUUAUGAAAACUAAACACAUUAUUGUAACAGUGUUAAUAUUGAUGAAAACUAAACACAUUACUGUAACGGUGUUAGUGAUGAAAACUAAACACAACAUUUUAACGGUGGUAAUGUUGAGAAAAUUUAACAAAUUACUGUAACGAUGUUAAUGAUAAAAACUAAACACAGCAUUGUAACGAUGUUAAUGUUGAUGAAAACUGAACACAUUACUCUAACGGUGUUAAUGAUGAAAACUAAACACACCAUUGUAAUGUUGUUCAUGUUGAGAAA